AUGCAGACGAAGCUGCACCAUGAGGACAUUUUGGACCACAACCCCACAAAGGACGCACAGCAGCGGAUCCCCGGCUCCAUGUCGGAGCAGACUUCUGAUCAAACGUGUUUCUUUGCGACAGCGAACUGCACAUUUCGGCGAUGCCCAACACUUUCCGCAGGAGAUCUGCGCACAGGGACGCGUGAAGCACCUGGGCUCAGUCUGUUUACAGGAAGCCUGCUCGUCUUCGCAGCGAUGGUGCAUGUUGUGGCUCUGUGGAUCGGGACUCUGCUCCAGUUGUGUCAUGCAACGAUUUACACCAACGACUGGGCGAUACGGAUACGAGGGGACCGUGAGUCUGUCAGCAGGAUAGCACAGAAAUAUGGAUUUACUAAUAUGGGUCAGAUUGGAGAUCUGCAGAGUUAUUACAGUUUUCGCCUCCACGAGAUGGCGAAGAGGUCCGCCGUGUCCAACCACGAGGUGUCUGUCGGUGUCGCCAGCGAGACGCAGGUGGAUUGGUUCCAGCAGCAGGUGGUGCAGAGAAGAGCAAAGAGGAACUCCAGAGCCCGUCACAUCUCCUCCAUCACCAUGAAGCAGCGUCCCGCUGCUCAUCCACAGUCCAGCCGGACGCUGCAACACAACCACUCCACUGUGAACAGCCUGUGGUACAACCACUGCAGUGAGGAGUCCAAAGGCUGCCAGUCUCGCAUGAACAUUGCGGGGGCCUGGAGGAGAGGCUAUACUGGGAAGGGUGUGGUGCUGUCUGUCCUAGAUGAUGGCAUUGAGAGAGAGCAUCCGGAUCUGAAGCCAAAUUAUGAUCCUCUCGCCAGUCGUGAUGUGAACGGACAAGACGACGAUCCCUCUCCCAAUUAUUCCAACAAUGCUUCCAACUACCAUGGGACACAGUGUGCAGGGAUGGUGGCUGCUGCAAAUAACUCUCAUUGCACGGUCGGCGUGUCUUUCCACGCACGGAUAGGCGGCAUCCGGAUGCUGGAUGGAGAUGUGACGGACAUUGUGGAGGCCCAAUCACUGAGCUUCAGACCGCAGUACAUUGAUAUCUAUUUAGCUAGCUGGGGCCCAGAAGAUGACGGGGCCACGUUGGAGGGGCCGGGGCCUCUGACUCGUGUUGCUUUACAGAACGGCAUCGAAACAGGCCGGCACGGGAGGGGCUCUGUUUUUGUCUGGGCGUCGGGGAACGGAGGGCGAAGAGGUGACCACUGCUCCUGUGACGGCUACAGCAGCAGCAUCUACACCAUCUCCAUCAGCAGCAGCACGCAGCGGGGAGGCCGGCCAGGUCACCUGGAGCAGUGCGCCUCCACACUCGCGACAGCUUACACUGGUUGGGAGACAGAGGAAGUGGUAACGUUGGGUCCACAGCGGAGCUGCAGCCGGGCUGCACCAGAGACAUCACUCUCCUCCUCCAUGGCUGCAGGCGUCAUCGCUCUCACUUUGGAAGCCAACCCUUUCCUGACCUGGAGGGACGUGCAGCACAUUAUUGUCAGAACAUCAAACUCUCGUCAUCUUCGUGCUCCUGACUGGCGCGUUAAUGGAGCCGGAUUCAAAGUGAGCCACCUGUAUGGCUUUGGCCUGCUGGAUGCUGAGAGCAUGGUGAAGGAGGCCGAGCGUUGGAAACAGGUCCCCACACAGCACGAGUGUGUGGAGGAGGCUCCCAUCCAGCUGAGCAGAGCUUUUCAUCCAGGCUCAGUGCUGACGUCUGUGUAUGAGAGUACAGGCUGCUCUGGCAAGUCCCUGCAGCACGUUGUUUAUGUGGAGCAUGUUGUCGUCCGUGUUACCAUUACUCACACUCGUCGCGGCGACCUUUCCAUUACGCUCACGUCCCCUUCAGGCACCGUGUCGCAGCUGCUAGCUAACAGGCCUUUUGACGACUCCCUCGAGGGAUUUCAGAACUGGGAAUUCAUGACAACUCACAGCUGGGGGGAGCAGGCAGCAGGGGAGUGGACUUUGAAAAUCCAGGACUCUUCCUCUCAGAAGAGAGACAACACUGAACCAGGGAAACUAAAAGAGUGGUCCCUGGUGAUUUAUGGCACCGUGGGGCAGCCGUACCCUAGGCAUCGUGAGCGAGCGCGAUCGGCUGAGAUGCCCAUGGAUAGUGACCUCACUGAAGAAUACAGCGGACCCUGCGACCCAGAAUGCAGUGACGAUGGUUGUGAGGGGCCGAGCCCGCAGCAGUGUGUCACAUGUUCACACUUCUUUCUCAAGUUCAAGAACACCACAAGGAUGUGUGUAUCCGAGUGUCCCAGGGGAUUCUGGGGCGACCGCCGGCGUUGUAAGAGGUGCUUCUCCUCCUGCGAGAGCUGCACUGGGAGUCGCAGUGACCAGUGCACUUCCUGUCAACCUCGACACCACCUGACCGAGGGGACCGACACCUGCACGGCCACCUGUGGGGAUAACUUCUACCUCCACCACGAUGCAAAUAUGUGCAGAAAGUGCAGUGAGAGCUGCUUGAAGUGCACCUCCUACAGCAUCUGCACAGAAUGCAAACCAGACACAAGGCUGCAGGGGAAUCGAUGCCAGAAGAGCUGCACGCCGGGAUUCUACCACGACAAGCAGGAAGCCUCAUGUGAGCCCUGUCACGAGGCCUGCGCUACCUGUGCAGGUGCAGGUGUUGCGGCAUGCGACCGUUGUGCAGAAGGCUACUUGAUGGAGGAGUGGAGGUGCGUGUCCUCCUGCAGCGCUGGCUUCUACGCCACAGAGCCAAACCCAGAGAUGGCUGAUGGGCACAGGACAUGUAGGAGGUGUGACGCCAGCUGUCUCACCUGUUUGGGGCCGAGCCGGGGGAACUGCAGCAGCUGUUCCAGCGGUCACAGCUUGCAGCAUGGCGCCUGUGUUGUUAACACCGUGUGCACAGACGGAGAGUUCCAGGGCAGUGACGGGAAGUGUCACGCGUGUGAUGCAACGUGUCUGAAGUGCACAGGGCCGCAAAGAGAAGACUGCAUCAGCUGUGUGUCUUCACGGGCUCUAGAUGACGGCCUCUGCGUGGCGGAGUGUGCCAAGGGCAAGUACCAGUCAGGUGGUCAGUGUCACCUGUGUGACCACACCUGUGCCACCUGUGUGGACGCAGGGCCGGAUAACUGUACCAGCUGUGACACUGAUAAGUUUGGAGUGGAGCGUUACCUGUACGGAGGCCUGUGUCUGGACGCCUGUCCUGAGGCCUUCUACCACACAGAGCAGAGGAGCUGUGAGCGCUGCUCCGCACACUGCCAGCUCUGCACCGCCCCCCCCCACUGCCUCCAGUGCAACUCCUCGUACUACGUCUCUGAUGGAGCGUGUGCAAAGCUGGAGUGUGGAGAAGGGGAGGUCGAGGAUCCAGAUUACGACGACUGCAUGUCCUGUGAGGAGGGCUGCAUGAAGUGUGUGUUGUAUAACCCGAGGCACUGCCUUUCCUGCACUGAGGGCUUUUACAAUUUCCAGGAUGGCUGCUACAAAAACUGCCCCGCUAAGACGUACAGCGUGGAGGCGGAGAUGACCUGCGUCCCAUGUGAUGACAGCUGUGUGAGCUGUGAUGAACAUGAGUGCUACUGGUGUGAGGCCGACCUCUUCCUAUCAGAGGGGAGCUGUGUCUCAGUGUGUCCCGAUGGCUUGUAUGGCGACGAAGACACCAACGACUGUGAGGAGUGUCACUCAGACUGUGGGACAUGCGGCGGCCCGGAGGACGAUGACUGUCUGUCGUGCGAGGAAGAGAAGAUGCUCGAAAGCGGAGAGUGCGUGUCUGACCACGAGGUCUGUCCCAUUAAGACCUUUCGCAGCGAUGACGGAGAGUGUGACGACUGCCACCAAUCCUGCGAGUCCUGCUCUGGAGCGGAGAAGAACCAGUGUACACACUGUGCAAGAGGACGGUUUCUGACCACACAGCGAACAUGUGUGUCAAAGUGUCCGGGGGGUUUCUUUGCCGGUCGGCUGAGCGGAGUGUGUGAGGCCUGCCCUGCAGGAUGUUUGCAGUGUGUGGACGCUCGGCACUGCAGCCGCUGUCAGAGCACUCGUACAGCUCCAUUAUUCCUGCAGGACGGACAGUGUGUCCAACAGUGUGCCAGGGGUUACCCUGCAGGCCAGGUGUGUCGUAGCUGUGAGUCAGGCUGUGCGUCCUGUGGGAAGAACGCCACCCACUGCCUGAGCUGUGAAGAGCCGCUGCUCCUGCACAAGCACCAGUGUGUGGAGGAGUGUCCUCCAGCGCACACAGAGCGGGACAGGGAGUGCCAACAUUGCCCCUCCGCAUGCCAGGAGUGCAACCCGCUGGGGCAGUGCACAGACUGUGAGGAGUAUCACUUUGUGCACGAGGGCCUGUGUGUGUCCGACUGUCCCCGGAGGUUCUUUGAGGACAAAGAGCAGAGGAAGUGUGUGCGGUGCCACCCUGACUGCGCUUUGUGUGACGGCCCCAACAACAAUGACUGUGACGCCUGUGUGGACCCCGAGGCCGCGCCGCACAGUGGGGCGUGCCUGGGAGCCUGCCCCCCCCAUGCCUACAGGGACACUGUAACAGAAGAAUGUAAAGACUGUGAUGCUUCUUGCCUCACCUGCUGGGGGCCCCAUGCUGACUCCUGCAGCAGCUGCAGGGAGGGCCAGGGGCCAGAGGGCCACAGCCGGUGUCUGCCAGCAGCAAACGAUUGCUCGCCUCACCAGUACGCAGACCUGGACGGGGAAUGCCAUGCGUGUCACAAAUACUGCCACAGGUGCUCCGGUCCGGGCAAAGCUCACUGCCUGAGCUGCAACCAGAGACAUCUGCUGCUCAAUGGCACCUGUGUGGACGAAUGCCCCACCGGCUACUACGAGGACGAGUCGGGGCAGGAAUGUGAACCUUGCCACCCCUCCUGUCUGUCCUGCAUUGGAAAGCACAGCCACGAGUGUCUCGCCUGUAAAGCCCACCUAUAUCGAGAGGGCAAAGAGUGUGUGGAGACCUGCCAGCAGCACAGUCACUAUGGAAACACGGGCUCAAGGAUGUGUGAGAAGUGUGACCCGAGCUGCGGUGAGUGCACCGGGGGCGCGGAGGACAGCUGCCUGAGCUGCACUCUGAGGCUCGUCUACUUGCGGAGAGAAGGCCGUUGCCUCCCCUCGUGCCCUCAGGGGUUCUACCACGACGCUGCACACGGGACCUGCGAGCCGUGUCACGCCAGCUGCAGAACAUGCGCCGGAAGAGACUCCUGUGCCUCCUGCGCCCCUGGAUACCUGCUCUCAGAAGGCGUGUGUGAGUCCAUGUGCGACGUCGGCCUGUAUCCUGUAAUGAAGGAUUCAAGCCACGCGUGUGAAGACUGUGACGGCUCCUGUAUGGCGUGCCGGGGGCCCGGUCCUGCCAACUGCACCAUGUGUCCGACUCAGGCCAUCUUAGAAGCCGGAGGGCGCUGUCUGCUUUGUUGCCGCCAUGACGAGGAGGAGGCCACAGCGCAGCAGCAGGACUGCUGCAACUGCACCGAGACUCGAGGAGAGUGCGUCCUGAGCACCAACUUGGCGUUCAGGAACGAGGAGGAAGAGGAGGCUGGAGGUAACCUGGCAAUCUUCAUCAUCGCCUGCAUCUUGCUGGUGCUGGGACUGGUGGCUGUCGUCUUCCUCAUCCGGCACUCACGCUCCAAGAGAGCGCCCCCGGACAUCACUCCCCGUGGCUACGAGAAGCUGGGCUCCGGCGGGGGAUUCGGAGGCGGCUACAGCUCUGCGUCCUACAGCGGCCGCGCCAGCUCCUCCGGCGGUCAGUUCCAGGAGACUCAGUUGGUCGACGUCGCUGGACGUCGCUCGGGGAGUAAGGAUGACGAGGACGACGAGGACGACGACGACGAGGACAUUGUUUACAUGGGCCAGGAUGGCACCGUGUACAGGAAGUUCAGGUACGGGCAGCUGGGAGAGGACAACGAGGACGAGCUGGAGUACGAUGAUGAGAGCUACACGUUCCGCUGAAGUACCUCUGUGCUGUUUAUCUCCUCCUGCCCUGAGGGACACACUCAUUUAUCCCUCACUGAAUAGGAAGCUGUUUAUAAUGAGCUGCGUUUUACAACUGCUGUCCAUUCACAAGAUGUGCUGCAGAAGAAUUCCACGUUUAGCUUUUCUUAGAGGCUCGAUGAGCAGGAGUUUCCUAAAGAACAAAAACAAUAUAUCGACUCGUACAAAAGUAAUCCCUCUAAAUCAUCACUAGAAGUCUGUCUGGGCCUGGAGUCUCUCUUUCCAUUUCAUUUAUCUGCGUUUGGGACAUUUCUGGGCGUUAACUUCUAUAAACACGUAGGUACCAGCUGUAAACAGACCCAACAGGAAACUUUGAUAAUGGCGAGCACCAACUUUGAAUGUGUUUACAAACUGCAGCGGACCAAUCCUGCUCAUCGAGCCUUUAAGACCUUUUUACAUCAUUUUCUUUGUUUGGAGUAUGUUGACAUUAUGCAUAUAUUACAUAAAUCAUUUAUUGCAGCAUUUACCAGUUUUAUUAAUCAUAUUAUUCAUCUUUUUAAUUGUUGUGGUGUUGGAUUAGCAUUUUUAAUUUAAUUAAUCGUGGUGUUUGUUUUGCUUUUCUAUAUUCACAAACGUUUGCUGUCAUUGAAUUUCAAUAAAAAAUGUGUUCUGUUCAAAUAAACAUUAAAAAAAGCAGAUUUAAAGACAAAAAUCAAAUCACUUUGAAAACAACAUUCAGACUUAAUGUUUAUUGAAUUACUAGACAGUGAUCCAUAAUGCCUCUGCACAUCCUCUAAACAUCUCAGAUGAAGACUCGUGGGCUCAUCAGGUAUCUAUGAGGGGACAUGCACUGAUGCACACACACACACACACACACACACACAACAUAUUGUGCUUUACAGAAAUCCCAUCUAUCAUUUCUCUGAGGUUUCCUCCGGAUGAUCAAGGAGAUGUUCCUGACAGAAUGAAGACACGUUCGUGUGCAGAGACGUG